AUGGCAGCUGUUAGUUCUAUUUUCUCAGAUAAAACGAUAUCACAUUUGAAGUCACUGGAGAAGUUGGAAAUAGAUGUUCUGAUCAAUGCACAAAUCUUCGAGUAUAUGCCACUUUUAACACGUAUUUCAUUUGACGAAAAGUGUAAGAUUCAUAUCACACCUGGUGGACAUCGAAGUUUGAAAAACAUCAAAGAAUUUUACGUUCAUCGUUUAGUUGACACGCUACUUCCAUAUCUUAAUAACUUUACAAAUGAAUUGAGGCUGACUCCAGUCGAAACAUUGUCAUUUCAAAACACUUUUGCAGAGGGUUUUGAAGACCGUUACUAUCCAUGGAAUCCGAUAAGCAGAAAUUUGCAGAACUCGUCUUUAAAAGAACUGCUGAUGACUGAAAAUAAACUUGGAGAAAGUUUUCCAGUAUCUAAACUCGAUCCUCCUCCUUCAAGUUUACAAGUGCUGAAACUUUCCAGCAAUAUACUCGAAAAGUUUUCGUUAGAUUUAGGGAAUAUUCGAAAUCUCAGUCUACAAAAUAAUUAUCUAGGAGGAUUUCUAAGUACUCAUAGUUAUAAAAUGUCGAAAGAAUCUAGCAGUCUUGAGUACAUAGAUUUAUCAGCGAAUAGUAUUGAAAUGCUUACAUUCAUAUUAUUUAAGGGCCAACCAAAAUUAAAAUAUAUCAAUCUUAGUCAUAAUAAGUUGCAAAAGAUUACAUUUGAUGUUUCUCGAUUGAAUGAUCUUCAUUAUUUAGAUUUAUCAAGAAACAAUUUCACGACAUUAGACGAAAAGGCUAUGGCAAUGUUCGAUGGUCUGUCUAAAAUGUAUAAAUACAGAUGGAAACUUCGAUACAUGUUUUAUCUUGCAAAAAGUAAACACUACAAUUACAAGGCUUCCAUAGACAACGGGGAAUACACUUACGAUGCUUUUAUCUCGUACUGUGAUGAUGAUAGAACAUUUGUAUUAAAAGAUUGCAUUGCAAAUUUAGAAACUGAAGGGAACGCUAAAUUAUGCGUGCACCAACGAGAUUUCCUACCAGGCCAAGAGAUAACAGUCAAUAUUACAAACGCCAUCCAUGAAAGCAGAAAGACAGUUUGCAUUAUAACGAGAAAGUUUUUUGAGUCUUAUUACUGUAUGUUUGAAUUUAAUAUGGCCCGGAUGGAAAACAUUUAUUCUCGGGAUGGAAGAAAUAUCAUUUUCCUAGUAUUUCUCAAGCAAAUUCAACCAAAAGAAAUGCCACUUAUGAUGCUCGAACUUAUAGAGAAACAGUCUUACAUUGAAUAUCCAAAUGACGAAAAAGGGAAUGUUGUGUUCUGGGAAAAAAUAAAAGAAGCUAUUCAUUCACGACAUUUGUUGCAAAACUGA